AUGGCAGAAAAAGUAAUCGAAGUCAAACAAAUCAGUAAAAGAUAUGGCGACAAAAUAGUUCUCAAAAAUGUCUCUUUCUCGGUGCGGCGAGGAACUAUUCAUGGUUUCAUUGGUCCCAAUGGAGCAGGUAAAACAACCACCCUCAGCAUCCUAACUCGUUUAGUUUUGCCAACCCACGGCGAGGUUUAUAUUGAUAACAAAUCAGUUAAUAGAGAACCAAGUUUUAAUCAACGCCUCGGUUUUAUUCCUGCUGAGCCAAAAUUUCCUAGUCUCACCGUGGAAAAUUAUAUCCUAGAUUGUGGUUAUUUACGAGAUAUUCCCAAGGAGCAAGUGCUACGGAAACUGGCCAGUUCACCUUUAUCUCAAUUUCGCCACCAAAACUGUCAUUCUCUUUCCACUGGUUGGAAGAAAAUAUUGCAAGUUUUCACUUUAAGCCUUUAUCGACCAAAAAUACUCUUGUUGGACGAGCCUUUUAAUGGCUUAGACCCUAGUUUUCGCCAAGAUUUAUUUAACAAUUUAAAAAAUAUCAAAGAACAAGGAGGAACAAUUUUAAUGUCCACUCACAUUCUUUCUGAUUUACAAAAAUUAGCCGAUGAUAUUACUAUGAUUAAAAGAGGCAAAAUUGUUUAUACGGGAACUAAAACUGCCGAUAUUGAACAAACUUAUGAGGAUUACUUUAUUGAGAAAGGAAAAAAAAUCAUUUUUUUAGUUGGAGUAGUUUGGUUUAUUAUUCCUUAUCUUGCUUAUCGUGGUUCAGCCAAACUCUUUGAAAAUAAGACAAGAGAAAUGGCUGAGAAUCCGAGUCUUAGUGCUGAAGAAAAAAGAAGGUUGCAAGAAAGUGCAAGAAAUCAAUUAAAAGAGUAUAAUUUUCGUGAAUUUAACCGUUUGGGGUUUGGAACAGAUGAAAGUCAAAUAUUUGCUAUUUUGUGGAAAAUUAAUCGUCGAGUAUUAGCUGAGAAUAUAAAACUGCUAGCCGAAAAAAAAGAGGCAGGUGCUAGUCAGGAGGAGUUAGAAAAUUUAAAAGGAAUAAUAUCAGAGCAAGAAGCGUUUGAUAAAUUUAAGUUGUUUGGGGUUGAUAUUUUGCUCUUUAAUGCUGACAAUUCUUUCUUUUUUAAUCAAGAUGAAGAGUAUAACACAGGAAAAAAAUAUUGA